AUGAUGAUCUUUCUCCUCCUCCUCCUUCUCUUCUCCUACAUCACUUCCCACCUCUACAAACUCAUAUCCCAGAACAGAGCAAACUCAUGUUGCUACAUGCUGCACUACGAGUGCUACAAGGGCACAGAAGACAGGAAGCUCGACACCGAAACGUGUGCCAAGAUCGUGUUGAGGAACAAGAACCUUGGGCUGCAAGAAUACAGGUUCCUCCUCCAGACAAUAGUCAGCUCUGGCCUUGGUGAAGAAACUUACGGCCCAAGAAACGUCCUGGAAGGCAGGGAAGCCACUCCACUCCUCACAGACUCCCUCUCGGAGUUCGAUGACAUUGCCUUCGACACCUUAGACGCCCUCUUCGCCAAUACGAGAAUCUCCCCUACCGACAUCGACAUCUUGGUGGUCAACGUCGCUCUGUUUUCGCCCGAACCUUCUCUGACCUCCAGGGUUGUCAACAGGUACAAGAUGAGGGAAGACAUCAAGACGUUCAACCUUUCUGGGAUGGGAUGCAGUGCAAGCAUUGUGGCCAUCGAUUUGGUCCGGCAACUGUUCAAGAGUCGCGGGGAGGCUUUGGCCAUUGUGGUGAGCACAGAGUCGCUUGGACCAAACUGGUACUGUGGGAAGGAGAGGUCCAUGAUUCUGUCCAACUGCCUGUUCCGGUCCGGUGGGUGUUCGAUGCUGCUGACCAACAAUGGGAGCUUGAAGGGGAAAGCAGUGAUGAAACUGAAACAAUCGGUGAGAACCCAUUUGGGGGCAGAUGAUGAGGCAUACAACUGCUGCAUUCAAAUGGAAGAUAAGCUUGGACAUGAAGGCUUCCUACUCACAAAGGGACUGCCUAAAGCUGCUGCUAUAGCCUUCACAUUGAACCUAAGGGUUCUGGUCCCCAAGAUACUCCCAGUGAAGGAUCUCCUGCGCUAUGUCCUCCACACUUACAGUCGAAAUAAGGCGAAACGCGGAGGUACUCCAUCUCUUCAAGCAGCAGGAGAAGGGCUCAACAUGAAGGCAGGAAUUCAGCACUUCUGCAUACACCCUGGUGGGAGGGCUGUGAUUGAUGGGGUUGGGAAGAGCUUAGGUCUCAACGACUACGAUCUCGAGCCAUCUCGAAUGGCAUUGCAACGAUUCGGGAACACCUCGGCUGGUGGGCUUUGGUAUGUGUUGGGGUACAUGGAAACCAAGAAGAGGCUGAAGAGAGGUGACAGGAUAUUCAUGAUUGGGUUUGGUGCAGGUUUCAAGUGUAACACUUGUGUGUGGGAGGUGACUAGGGAUUUGGGAGAUGAGAAUGUUUGGGAAGACUGCAUUGAUUCUUACCCUCUUCCUCCACUCAAUGUCAGCCCUUUCCUGGAGAAGUUUAGCUGGAUCAAUGAUGACGAUCUCACCCAUGUGGAUUUCAGUUCUGUAUUCGACAAGAGCUCCGAGGUCUUCUGGCUGACCAUGUUUGAAGAUUCGAGGGACUCGAGGCUGGCCUUGAUGUUCUUGGCCUUUCGGAGGACGACCAUCGUGUCGGAUUGGAUUCAGUCUCUCAACCCUCAAAGGACAUUGGCACUGUGCGAAGACUUGGUUUCUUCAUUUAGGGCUUCGAGGUCGGACAAGAGAUCGGUGAUCUCUUCCAUCUCGGACUUGAUUGAGUCGGCUCGGAGGAAGAACUCGACAAUUUUGGGUUUGUCGUUGGCGGGGGCGAGUUCCGGUGAAUUAGUGCCGCCGCCGCAAUCCAACUAUGCUUCCAGGGGCCGGGUGGAAAAAGAGAAGAGACUGGUUGGUGAGCGAGCGGAAGUUUGGGAUCUGGUGGGAGGAUGGGAAGGAAAGAAGGGAAGAUUGACGGCGACGGCGAUGAAGAAGAUGAUGAGGUUUUGCCCCGAUCGCAUCGACUCCAUGAGGUUGCCAACUACCGAGUUGGAGAGCCCGCCGGCUAAUUGUAGCUCCGAUUUCACCACCGUACGCCAACUCAUCGCAUCAACAAAGGCCGCAGCUGAAGAGCUAACCCUAGCUUCUUCCCCACCACCGAUUAUGCUAGAAGCCGCACCGCUAUUGUUAUCGACGAUCGAUCCAACUAGGGAGAGGUUAACCCUAGCCCCAACCCUGCUGUCUGCUACGAAUUGGGAGCUUCCUGUUACGGAUAUGCGUAGGGGGGUCAAAUAUUGA